AUGCACCUACCAUGCUACAUCUUGAAACUUCCCCCGGAGCUUCGCCUUCUGAUCUACGAGGAGGUUAUGGAUACUACCAGUGCCGGCCCGAAGACCUACGCACGCCGAGAGCUCCUCAACACCUGCAGAACAUUUCGCGUCGAGGCCAAGGACAUCUACAGUGCCAAGAUCGAGUCCAUCAUCGCUCGCUACGACCAGAAGCGCGUGCAGCUUGAACAAGAGAUGAAAGAUGCCUAUCAGGAAGUCAAGUACGGUGAGAAGGAUUGGAAAGACUUCCAUCGUGCAGACAGAGCAUGCGCGCAGGCUGGGUUCCGGCAGUCGCAGGCACGCAAGAUGCUGAGAAAGGAGCUCGCCUGGGUCGCUGACCUGGGCCAGACUGACUAG